AUGGAAAAUCACACAAUAACAACUUUCAUCCUGUUAGGACUGACAGAAGACCCUCAAUUUCAGAUCAAAUUUUAUUUUCUAUUUCUCACGUACAUGUUGAGUUUAACUGGGAAUCUAACCAUCAUAUCCCUCACUUUAUUCGGUUCUCACCUUAAAACACCCAUGUACUUUUUCCUACAAAAUUUUGCCUUAUUAGAAAUGUCAUUUACAUCUGCCUGCAUUCCUAGAUAUUUGUACAACAUAGCAACAGGUGAUAGGUCAAUUACUUAUAAUAUUUGUGUCAUUCAAGUGUUUUUUAUUGAUGUCUUUGGAGUAACAGAAUUUUUUCUCCUGGCCAUCAUGUCCUAUGAUCGCUAUGUGGCCAUCUGCAAGCCGCUGCAUUAUGUGACCACCAUGAGCAGCAGAGUCUGCAGAAGUCUUGUUCUCUGCUGUUGGAUGGCUGGAUUGUUGAUAGUACUCACACCACUUACCCUGUUCCCCAAUUUGAAAUUCUGUGACUCGAAUGUCAUUGAUCAUUUUAUCUGUGAUGCAACUCCUAUUCUCAAGAUCUCUUGCUCAGACACAUGGUUCAUAGAGCAGAUGGUUGUAGCUUGUGCUGUGAUGACUCUCAUCAUGACCCUAGCGUGUAUAGUUCUUUCCUAUAUAUAUAUCAUCAAGACAAUCCUAAAAUUUCCUUCUGCUCAGCAAAGGAAAAAGGCUUUUUCCACCUGUUCUUCUCACAUGAUUGUUGUAUCCAUCACCUAUGGAAGCUGCAUUUUCAUUUACAUUAAACCUUCAGCAAAAGAAGAAGUGGACAUUAAUAAGGGUGUGUCAGUACUCACCACUUCCAUUGCACCAAUGCUAAGCCCAUUUAUAUACACCUUGAGGAACAAGCAAGUGAAGCAAGCAUUCAAUGACUCAAUCAAAAGAAUUGCAUUUCUCUUAAAGAAAUAG